UCCUAUAAUGCCGGUGACUUCUUGAUCUGUCAUAAUCAAUCAUCAAUGUUUAUAUACCAUAUACGUAGUAUAGUUUUGAGUGAAAUGGAUGAGACAAUUAAAUUAAAGGUUGAUCAAAUCUUAACACAUCAAAAACUUCCUAAUCACCAUUCCAGUAAUAGCCAAUGUAUCUGUAAAAAUGAAAAAGAGCUAUGGCUUGUCAAAGGAGAAAUGAAUUUAAUUAACUUGGAAAAUAUAGAUCAGUAUAUUAUUAUAUGGUUAUGUGACCAGCUAGAACCUGUAGAAUAUGAAUUCUAUAUUCAAGAAAUAUUAAAUGUACAUUUUCAUCAUGAUACAGAAGAACAAUUUUUAGAGAUUAAUAAAUCUUUUGAUUUACUUAAAUGGGAUCGAUACAUUCAGACAUUACAGGAUGCAUACAAUUCUAUAGCUGGAAAAGCAUGUACUCUAUUAGAAGCUACAUUUAGCAUACUCAAUGUAAUUGGCGAAAAGGCUUUUAUAGAAUAUUGGAGAAAUAUCAAAAAACUAUUCUAUUGGAGCCGUAUGCUGAAUCCAUUAAGACAUCGCCAAACAGAAGUCUUAAAUAAAUGGCAUACAAAACAUGGAAUAAUACAAACUACAGCUAUAUCUCAGUUGUGUAUUGUCUGGUCUGUUGAAGUUAAAGUGUUGAAAAUUGCAUUUUCAGUUACCAUGACAAAAAGAACUUACCAUAAAUUACAAGAAUCACUUAUGAAAGAAUGUGAAAUGCUAAUACUAAAUUUUAAAAACUUAUCUAAUUUGCAUGUAAAUGUUCACUUUCCACAACAUGCUCGUAAUUUCAGAAUACUUGUAAAUAUGAUUGUUAGUGUAAAAGAAAUGGCAUUAAGACAUAUUAUCAAUAGUUUAACGGAUUCUCAUUUUGACACAAAUACCAAUACAUUUAGUAAUUUAAUUAUGUAUCUAAACCUUUACCCAAUAUUAUCAGACUG